AAAACAAUGUGGGUUUUGAUGAUCGUCAAUGUUCUUUUUGACUGAUUCCUCCACCAUUGAGAUGAACAGCUGCUAAUGCCGAUUUUCCCUUCUUUCACGUUUCGGGAACUAAAGAUGUUUAUGGAAAUUUGUUGGGAAGAGUUCUUACUCUGUGAAGUCUGAGGUUCAUGUAAUCAUGGACUUGUCGGAUGCAGUUAUGUUCAAUUCCAGCAGAUUGAAGUCUGUUGUAUGGAAUGACUUCGAUAGGGUCAAGAAAGGUGACAACCUCAUGGCUAUCUGCAAACACUGCAAGAAACGGAUGAGCGGGUCGGGUACCAGUGGGACAUCUCAUCUGAGAAAUCACCUGAUGAGGUGCCAGAGGAGAGGAAAUCAUGACAUUGUUCAAUUUGCUUCAAGGGGUAAGAAAAGAGGGCGGCCCCCUGCCCUAGGGAAUACGAGUUUCAACCAAGAUCCGAAGGAGGAGAUUUCACCUCUUGCAGUCAUUAAACCUGAUGACCCGAUUAAGGAUGAGACCGUGCCAGUUACUGCUUUAACUAGUAACUUUGAUCAGAGAAGAAGCCAAUUCGAUCUUGCCCGGAUGAUAAUUUUACAUGGCUACCCAUUGAAUAUGGUUGAGCAUAUUGGUUUCAGAAGAUUUGUCAAGAAUGUUCAGCCGCUUUUUGAGCUCGCGAGCUCAAAUAAAGUUGAGGCUGACUGUUUGGAAAUCUAUGAGAAAGAAAAGCAGAAAUUAUUUGAGAUGCUGGAUAAAUUGCCCGGGAAAAUUAGCCUCGCUCUUGAUGUGUGGAGCAGUUCUGAUGAUUCUCUGUAUUUCAGCCUCAUCUCACACUUUAUAGACGAUUCUUGGCAACUGAAGAAGAAGAUACUGAGUUUUCUGAAGAUAGAUUCUUCUAAUACUGAAGACAUGCAGGCAGAUUCCAUCAUGACGUGCCUGAUGGACUGGGACAUUGAUCGGAAGUUGUUCUCUGUGACAUCUGAUGGUUCUAGUACAAACACAAUUGUCUCCAGGAUUAAGGACCGCCUGAUGCAGAAUAGGUUCCUUUUCGGCAACGGUCAGCUCUUUGAUGUGCAAUGUUUGGCGAGUCUUCUCAACCUUAUGGUCCAGCAUGCCAUGGAAGCUCUACAUGAGGUGAUUCCAAAGGUUCGAGGAAGCAUUCGAUAUGUCAAGAGCUCACGAGUGAUGCAAGAGAAAUUUAAACAGAUGACACAGCGAGAGAAUAUUGAGGGCCCGAAGUGCUUAUCUCUUGACAACAGAUUGAGAUGGGACUCAACCUAUAGAAUGCUCGAGGCUGCUUUAGUGUACAAGGGUGCAUUUGCUCUUUUGCGAGAAAAUGACCCAAAGUUUAUAUCCUGGCCCUCUGAUGUGGAGUGGGAGAAAGUUGGUUCUGUUACUGGCUUCUUAAAUGUCUUUCUGGACAUUAUGAAUGAUUUCUCUCGAAGCAAGUGCCCCACUGCGAACAUAUAUUUUCCUCUGAUAUGCGACAUUCACUUGAAGUUGAUUUCGUGGUGUGAAAGUUCAGAUGAAUUCAUCAGUUCUUUGGCCAUGAAGAUGAGGAAUGAGUUCGAUGACUAUUGGGAGAGGUGUAGUUUGGGUUUGGCAGUUGCAGUCUUCUUGGACCCUCGGUUCAAGAUGAAGUUGGUGGAGUAUUACUUCCCCCAAAUUUAUGGUAGUGGUGCUCAAGAACGGAUCAACAACAUUUCUAACCAUAUAAAGGCGCUCUACAAUGAACACUCGAUUGGGUCCCCGUUAGCAUCUGCUGAUCACUGUCUUGCAUGGCAGGUUGAUGGAAGUUCAGGUGGCAUAUCGAGUCCUGGAAGUAGUUCAAGCAAUAGGCUGGUCGGGUUCGAGAAAUUCCUCAACGAAACUUCUCAGUCUGAUGGCGCAAAAACUGAUCUGGACAAGUACUUGGAAGAGCCUCUCUUCCCUCGAAACGUAGACUUUAACGUACUGAACUGGUGGAAAGUUCACACUCCCCGGUAUCCCAUACUGUCUAUGAUGGCCCGAAACGUGCUGGGGAUCCAGAUGUCUAAAGUUUCAUCAGAGUCGGCAUUUGACUUGAUGGGCAAAAUCCUGGAACGUGAUCGUAGUUCUCUGGGCGCCGCAACACUGCAAGCGCUGAUGUGCUCGCAGGACUGGAUCGGGAGCGAGCUGGAAAGUUGAUACAGUUUUAGUCCUGAGACGUCUUCCUUCAGUUCUUGCAAAUAUCCUAAAUUAGUUAGUCAAACUCAUCGGGUUUUUACUAGUUCAGUAAGCGUCGCUCUUUGGAAUUUACUGUACUAGGGUCAUCUCGUCGGUGAUCUUUAAUUAUAAUGUGGAAUUUCUCGCUCGGGCCACCGCUUCAAAUG